AUGAAUAAAGAUAUUUUCAAAAAAUGGAGCGAAUAUUACUAUGAAUUCGAUGAAGACGUUAAUAAUAAAGCUAUACUACACUAUGAUUUUGAAGGAGAUGAAGCAGAACCGGUUAACCUGUGUUAUCACGUUUGCACUCAUAAUAUUAUUGAAAACGUACAUAGUAGAGCUUCAAAUAUUAAACAAGAAAAUACCGACGACGAAAGUGAAGGUGAGUCGGGCAAUGUUUAUAAUUAAUGUACUUACAAAUUGUACAAAAUACAUAAUAUUAUACAGAUAAUGUAAAUAAUAAUUAACUAUCGAACAUUAAAUGCCUAUUAAUUUAUAUUCUAAAUUCUGAGCGCAACGAGAAAUGUAUUGGUUUCACAUCUUUUACUGCUUUUUUUUCGUCUGUUAACAACUUGUCCAUCAGAAUUCUUGCUCCAAUUGUGAAGUGUAACAUUUUUUCUGAAAAAAAAAUUUUUUCUCGUUGGUAUAUUGAGUUUAUUUUUUAAUUUUUCAUGUAGUAUUUUAUAAUAGUUGGAGAAAAUGGGUAAUUUAUAGAAAUAACGGUUUCAUAACUGUUUUUUUUUUUGUAAUCCAGACUAAAAAAAUCAUAAAACCUAACAUAUUCACAGUAUACUAAUUUUAGGUUUUUCUAGAUAUACCUAGUACAAUUUUCAAAAUAAAUUGAUGAGCCUUUAGCCAUUUAUAGGCAUUUCAGAAUAAAAUUGUUUUGGCCCAGCUUUAAUAUUUGAAAAUUUAACUCUAGGUUCAUCACAAGUUAUAGUGUUUUAAAUGCGUUUAAGUUCUAAAUUUUGACGAAAUUUAUGAUGGAAUUUUAAAAUAUAUCUAACCGAACAUCGCUCAGAUUCGUAAUCGUUAGCAAUGAUUGUUCCAUACAGAUAUAAAUUAAAUAACUCUAUGAUCUUACCUUCCUGAAUUUCAACCUACAGUGACACAUCCGUCAUCACUAAGCAAUAUUAGAUUUUAUUUUAAAAUUACAAUUGAAUUAUAUUCCAUAGAAGUAUUUUAGUAAUUAUCUCAGAUAUGUAUAUGCUUUAAAACCUUUUAAAUAUAUGUGCAGAUAUGCACUAAAACGUAUUAUACCUUAUUUACUGAAUUACAGAUUUGUCUACUUCAAAACGUACAACGGUAUAAUAUACUAUUAGAUAUACUGACAUACUCUUUAAGUAGGUAAUACUAAUUUAUUACCUAUAUUACUUAAAUACAGUGUCGCAGUACAUAAAAUAUGUUAAGUAAUAACUAAGAAGUAUGUUACAGAAACCUAUAGAUGGAAAUAACGUUAGAGACAAUUUAGUACAUAAUUAUACUUAUUACAAUUUGUACAUACCUAUUAUUAAUAAUAUAAUUUAUUUUGAAAUUCCCAGCAGAAAGGAAGUAUAAUAUGUAGUAAAUACGUUGGUGAAUGGAGAUUUACGUUAAUGAUUUCAACCCAGAUUGAUUUUAUGAAAAAAGAAUAUCAAUAUUUUUUUUCACAUAUUUGUAUUUAAACAAACUUAACACUACACCGUAUAAAUAUUUAAAUUACAAUCUGGUCAUUUUCAUGGGUUAGGAUUCAGAACUGUCUAGUUUUUAUUAAGUCGUUUCAAUAUUACAUUGCAUAAUUUAAAAAAAAAAGAGCUGAUAAAGCUGGGUAUGGGUGCGGCCACUGUUGUAAGUUGGUAGUAGGGAGGUGGGAUACAUAAAGUUAUUUAAUUUAUACCUGUAGCCAACGAUAAACUAUUGAUAACGAAACGCGAUUCAGAGUGAAGUUCGGGUAUACAUGUCACCUUUCAUAAAAGGUGGUAUGGUCUAUACUUCGGAGCAAGUUUUCUGGUAGUAAAGUUGUUAACAAACAGAAAACGUAAAAAAAAAAUAUUGUGGCCUUUCAAAACAUGUAUAACCGACCUUCGCUACGAAUCGUUUUUCGUUAUCCAUGAUUACAGUUCAAAAUAAAUAGUUCAACCUAACCUCCGUGGAGAAAGUGAAGGAAGAAACCUAACCUAACCUAACCUAUCCAUCUACAACAGUGGCCGCUCCCGACCCCAGUAUCAGCUAUUUUUUCUAUCAGACGAUAGUUAUCUAAGUGACUAAAUACAUAUUUUAAGUUUAUUUCGCAUGAAGUAUUUAAUAUUUAUUCAAUGUUUUCAUUAUUUUAGAUGUUGAGUGGAGAAAUAUAUGUCAUAUUAUGGUAAAAUAAUUGCAUAUAUACAUUACAUACUUUCUUUAAUAAUAUAUCUACGAGGUGUGGCUAUUAAAUAACGAGACUGCUCGCCUAGAGGGCGUCCUAGAUGGGUAGUGAAAAAAACAAGUAAUGCGUUGGGUAUCUAGAUAUCUUAUCUAUACACGUACCAAAACACGUUUUCGUCACUAUUAUAGUAUUUGUGCAGUAGUGGUUUGAAACGUGUUUUUUUCUCGUGCCGAAAACCAUGUGUGACGAAAAACAUGAGCAACGGAUAAACGUAAAAUUUUCUCGUUAAACUAAAAAAAACUCCAACUGAGUGCUAUAAGUUGUUAAAAGAGGCCUAUAGUGAGGAUUUCCUAUCUCGGGCGCGUGUUUUUGAGUGGCAUNCGAUAUCAACGGCAUCGUGAUGACUGAAUGGGUUCCAGAGGGUCAAACUGUGAACCAACAUUACUAUUUGACAGUUUUGGCAACAUUGCGCGAAUGAGUUCGUAAGAAACGGUCGAUAUUGUGGAAAAACAAGUCGUGGAUCUUGCACCAGGAUAACGCACCUGCCCAUAACGCGCUGUCUGUGAAGCGUUAUUUGGCCGCUUAAGGCACUCCAGUACUCGAACACGCGUCUUACUCACCCGACUUGGCACCCUGCGACUUUUACUUGAUUCCGAAGAUAAAGUCUGCCUUAAAAGGAAUCCGGUUUGAGUCGAUGGAAGAGGUGAAACAAAAAUCGGCGGAACUCCUGAAUGGUCUUACGAAAACAGACUUCCAGCACUGCCUCGAGCAAUUGAAGAAACGAAUGAAAAGGUGUGUGGCGAGGGGAGGGGAGUAUAUUUGAGCAUUUGAAUGUAGAAUAAUUUUUAUAAUAAAACACUUUUUCGUAACCACUCGUUUUUAAUAGCCACACCUCGUAUUUCCCGUUUUCUCUACGUUUUUCCCCAUAUUUUUCCUAGUUUUUCUCAUUUAUUAUGAAAAUAGCUGGGAAAAUUAAAAAAUUGUCUUCAAAUAUCACUCCAACCAGAUUUCCUUUCAGAAAAAGUGUUAUAAUUGAAAAUCUGAGCAAAAUUGCUAGUAAAAAGGUUGUUCACAAAUAAAAAAUAAUUAAAUAAACAUCAUUGUAAAACCAAUAUAUUUCUCGCUCCGCUCAGAAUCUAAAAUACUAUAGGUAUAGUUUACUAUACAUAUAGGUACUAGUUUGAGAUUAAUAUCUUACGUAUGGAUACCAAAUUUUAAAUCAUCAAUCAUGUAACUAAAAACAUGUCAAUCAUUUUUUUUUAAACGGACGUUAAUAAGACAAUAUCAAUCAUUAAUAAUAUUUCAUAGUAAAUACAAAUAAAAUAAAUGAUAAUAAAAAUUGAACAUUUUUAGUACCAUGAAUAAGGCACUGUUCUAGGUGGGUAGGUUACAAUAUAGGUUAUAAUAUACAGCAUGAUUUAGUUUAUUUAUUGUAUUCAAAGAUAAAUCAUUACGAACGACUAAUGAUUCUGGGUGGUUUAGUAUUCGUAAUUUUCUCUUUUUUACCAAGAAAGCCUUAAAAAAUAGGUAAAAAUAACAAAAAAUUGACUUUUGAAAUGAAAUGUUGAAAAUGUUGACAAAUUGUUCAAAUAAAUUAUCACAGGUCGGAAAUUUCGUGCAAAAUCUGUGAAUUUGUAUUGACCGAAGAAAACACAUUUUUGUAAAACUAACGGUCUUUUCGUUAUAUUAUAUACUUUUUGACUUAGGGUUUUAUAUUCUGUGAUAUUAUCACCACUGAGUCUAAUAUUCUAUAGUGCUUACAAGUUAAAGGUCGAAUAAAAUAAAUGUCGAUCGAUGCAUAACAAAUAUACUAACUUCAUAAGUGUAUAUGAACCGAUAACUGCACACAAUUACGUCAUCACUGGAUUUGUAAUAAGUUGUAUGUGUUUUCACUAAUUCGGUUAUAUUAUUUGUACUUAUUCACUUAUAUUAUUUAUUAUGCAUUAACGUAGGCAAACAAAAUUUACAUUUUAAAUGUGAUUUAAUUUUUGUGAACAAUUUUUAACAUCUUUAAAACCGUGUAAGCUACGGUACAAAUUAGUACAAAUAAAAGAAUUUUGCUAAAUUAUAUUACUAUAAGCACUGUGUUAAAUAAAUAUUCAUUUUAUAUGGUAACUCAAACGUUUUCAAAAGUAUUCAUUCGAAAUAAUAAUUAUAUUAGAACUAUAUAAUUAUAAUUUAUAAGAUUUAAAGAAAUAGAAUUAGAUAAUUUUUCACAUUUUAGAUUCUGAGUGUAGCGAAGAAGCUAUUAAUUAUUUAGUUUUAUCAACGUGUUUUUUUUUUUCACGAGUCUUAUUUAGUCAGUAAACAAACUUAGAUUUGUCCAUGCUGUACGCAUGUUUUUCCACCUUUUAGUAAUUUAUUUAAAUAAUUUUUUUUUAAAUUUCUUAUUGUAGAUUCGAAGCGUACCAAUAUGGGAUCUAUAGAUGUUACUAUAAUUUGUGUUUUUUUUUUUUUUUUUGGUGUCUGAACAACUUUUUAAAGAGAAAUCAUGCUUCAAUAAAUCAAGUGUAGCAGCUUUUCUGAAAGGAAAUUUUAUCUAAUUGGACUAAUUGGGAGGUAAUUUUUUUAUUGAAUGGGUUUCAUAAUAUUUGUGAAAAAUCAGACAACAAAAACGGCAAAUAUUUACGAUGUACUGUGGCGUUACUGAUUUUAUUUUUCAUAAUUUUUAGAUAUUAUUAUAAUUUUCAUGAUGUUUUCUACCAGAAAUAUUGCUCCAAUCGAAAAACGACAAAAGAAUUUUUUGUUGUAUUCUUAAUCUUGAUGGCAAAUAAGAAAAUCGUUUCUUUGAUAUCUCUGUAAUUUUUUUUAUAACUAAGAAAUAUAACUUACAAAAUUAAUGUGUUUAUUGUUUUCAAUUUUAUUAUAAUUCGAUUUAAAAUAUUCGUAGAGACUUGAAAGUUUGAUAGAAAAUAUUUGCCUUUUCUAUAAAUAGUCAAAUUUUCAAACAUUUAAGCCAUUUUUGAGCUAUGUAUAGACAUUUUAAUUUUGUAAGUUUUUUCGUAAUUUUUAUUUGGUAGGUAUUUUAUGGAUACAAUCGUUAUAAUCAUAAUCAUAUCAGGUACAUCAUACAAAUAUUUGUUUACAAUAAAUUUUUUCUGGGUAAAAUGCGUUGAUUGUUUUCAUAAAGAUACUUAAAAAAUGUGGAAAUUCUGCCCAAUAAUACUUUCGUUAAAUAUUUGUUGAAUUUCUCAACGGGUCAUCCGAAAGAUUUAAUCGUUUUUCUCAAAUAACCCUUUGUCAGUUAUGUAGUAAAAUUGCUCCCAAUAUUAUUCACAUUGCACCUUAAGAAAUGCGCAAAAUUAUUUUAAUAAUUGUUUAGAUUCCCUAAAUCUUUUGAAAAAUUAAAACAAAAAAGUUUUAUUUCUAGUUUAUAGGGUACCUUAAAUUUUGGAUUGUUUUUUUUUUUUUGAAAUUAUUACCACGUUAUAAUUUAUAAAAUAGUAUUUCUAAAAAAUUAUUUUGAUAUCAUUUUUAGUAUGAAAAAAAAAACAGUUUUUGAAAGUUUUGAAUUUGUUUAGUGUAAUUAGUAAAGUUAGAAAAUAUUCAAACAUUUUUGAAUUUAGUGCCUUAAAACAUACAUUUUCAAAACAAAAAUUGUCAAAAAAAAAAAGUGCCCUAUUAAGAAGCAAUGCUCCCAAAUAUAAAGUUACAUUGGUUUUAAUUUCAUUUAUUUCUGGGUUACCAUUUAACUACAAAGGGAAAAACACUAAUAUAAUACCAGUUAAACUUACUAGUUUACUGAGUUUCGCUUAGAAUAGUAUUUUUGAUUUACCGUUGAUUUCAAUAGAUUUACUAACUAAAUUAAUAGAUUAUGUUAUUCCUUCCAAACGCCCUACCUACAACAGUGGCAUGGCCAUGGUGCAAAGUAUUUUUUAUUUUUUUUUUGUAUUUAGCUAUACGUAUAAUAUUAAUAUUUUAUUUGUUAAAAUAUAAUCAGCGUACAAUUUAAAUAAGUUUGAUUUGAUUAAAUAUAUACGUAUUUCAUAGGGAAAAUCCUGAAAAAACAUUACCAUUAAUAUUAAUAAAAACAUUAAACUGAAUUUUAAAAAUAAUUUGUAUUUAUCUAAAUUGUUUGAAAAAUUGUCUAAUCUAUGGUUACAAUAAAUGGAAAAACAAAAUAUUAUUUUCUGAACAUGCUUUAAGUGCGCAAAAAUAAAUACUAAAGUUCCAUACAUAAUUGCAUGCGUAAUUUGCAUUUACUUUGUUGGUGCAUUCAAUCGUAUAAUAAUGUGAUAUAACGUGACAAAAAUCAUUAUGUAUACAAACGAUAAAAUAUUACAAAUCUGAAUUAUUAUUGUUAUUAUAGUACAUUUAAUAAAAAAUAAUUUCGUUGUGGGAAAUUUGUUUCGCUUCACUCACCUGCACGAUGCAAGAUGGAUUAUGGCAUAUUAUUAUUUUAAAUUGAACACUUCAAUACUAUCGAUACAAUUAAUCUAUAUCGAUUAUAAAUUUACUGCAAUAGCGUACAAAUGGGGUUAUAUCAAGUCAUAUAGCAUGUGUUCUCCAGAGGGAUGGGUUUAGAUUUCUGAAUAAUUAGUGUCACAUGUAAAGCUUAAAGCGAGCUUAAAAAUAUUAAAAAAAAAGAUGAGUAUAUUUGGAUACUUUUAAUAACUACAUGACGCGUACUUUCAAAAUUUUUCUAUGUGCUAUAUAUCAAAAUUUGCGAUCACAAUAAUUAUACACAAUCAUUUUUAUAUAGAUUUUCAAAUUAUUUUUUAAACCGAUAUGACUCUAUAAAACUAAUUUAGUAUUAUCCAAUUUCUCGGGGAUCAAUACGCGUGCCAGAAAAAGUGACAUAUAACAAAACAAUAAAAUAUUAUUACAAUAUUGUAAAAUUUGUUGACACAAGCUUGACAAUGACAAUUUUAUCAAUCAUUUAUAAAGUAUACAAGUAUUACACAGGUGUUUCACUCAAAUUGUAACACGCAAUAUUUCAGGCUCAGAUGCACUCACAUUGAAAUGGUUUUUUUUUUAAGGAAAAUCAUAUAAAUACACAUAAAAUAUUAUCACUUCAACAUUCAUUAGGUAGUAUUAGAGUAGUAGAGUAAGGCAUUAGGCAGUUCAGGUUUAGAUUAGCCUAGAGCCACUGGUUCGAAUUCUUUCCAUGGCUGUGGCCGUACAAAAAUAUUUACAUUUUAAUAUAAUAUAAUAUUUAAAAAAAUUACUUAUGAAAUGGUUUAAUAAAUUUUUUCAAACAAAAAUUAAACAUUUUAUUGCAAUCAAAAAGUGGCCAUUAAAACAUCAUUUUCAAAUGGUUUAAAAAAAUUACUGUAACGUUAAUAUAAUUUCAUACAAAUAUUUUUAAAAUAUUUAUAUUCUUGUAGGAUUAUGCUAUAUUUAAGCGCAAAAAAGUUUUUUCUACAUUUUUUUGCAUAAUCAUAAUUUUUAAUUAUUAAACCAUCUAUCUAAAUAAGAUUAUAAAAAAAAAAUGUUUCUCAAUUGGUCAGACAAACUUUUAUGAGUAUAAAAUCAUAAGGAUAGAUUUAAUAUAUUUAUAAAAUUACGCAUAUUCAAUAAACACGUUAUAAAUAUUUUUAAAUAUCAAAGCAAAAUUGUUUUUCGAUCAACUUUAGAUGGUUGUAACUGAAAUAUUUUCUAUACCUAAUGGAAAAAAAUAAAGAACUGAUAUUGGGGACAGGUGAUGCAGCCACUGUUAUAGAGAGGUAGUUGGAAAGGUGAGAUACAUUAAGUUAUUUAAUUACUGUUAUUCAAUGCCUGUAAGAUUGUAAUCAACGAUAAACCUUUACGAAAAACGAUUCAGAGCAAAGCAUACAUGUCUUAAAAGGUCGUAAUAAUUAUUAUUUUCAUGAAAAUUUGAUUUAUAAAAAAAAAAUGGCCUAGGAUAAUGAGGACAGGUGAAGCCACUGUAAUAGAUAAUUAAAUAUAUAUCUGUAAGCAACGAUUAACCAUUGCUGACGAAAAAACGAUUAUGAGUGGAAUUCGGUUGAUAGUGGCGAUUUAUCAACAACAUAAAUGUCAUAUGGUCAAAUAAUUACAUAUGCAUUAUAUAUUUUCUUUAAAAAUAUUUUUUUAAUAUUGUAUUUAUUUUCCUGUUUUUUUACGGUUUUCCCGAUUUUUCCCAUUUGUUGGAAAAACUCCUGAGAAAAUCAAAAAAUUACCUUUCUAAAGUACCUUCCAAGUUAAAUUUUCUGUUAGAAAAAGUGGUGUCAUUGUAAAUCAAAGCAAAAUUGCUAGUAGAGAAGUUGAGAAAAAAAAAUAUUACAAAAAUAAACAUAAUUGUAAAACCAAUACAUUCCUCGGUCCCCUUAGAGUCCAAAGAUUUACAACAUUACACUCAAUUUUUUUACCACUAAUUACGACUUAUAACUGAAUUGAACUAAAGUCAUAUUUACAAUAAAUAUAAUUUUUAUUUAAAAUAAAAAAAAUGUCUUAUUUGGUUUUCCUAAUUAUUAUGAAAAAUACUUUAGACAAAAAGCGACUCUCUUACAGUGGCUAAUGGCUAUAUAUUAAAAGGAACAACAUUGAUAUCAUAUCAGAAAAUAAAAGUUGCAAAAAUUUAAAAACAAUUACAUCGGUAACACCGCACCAUACCGAAAAUAUUUGCCGUUUUACCUAUAAUUUUCUUUCAUGGUUUUCCCAAUUAUUCCGAAAACCCCAUAAAAAAUCAAAAAUUACUCUCUAAUGCACCAACUAAAAAAAAUAUCCUUUUAAAAAAGGUACUAUACUCUAUUUCGAAGCAAGAUUUUUUACAUCAUAGUGAAACCAAUUAACUUUCGCUACAAUCCGAAACAAAAAAACAACAAAAACACUUCGCUUACACCUACGUAUAAAAAAAAAAAAACCAUUAGUUAUUGCAUAUAUUGUAAAUGUUGAGCAUUAUAAAGUUGUGAUAUCAUUUUUGGUGAUUGUCUAAGGAAAAUUGUCGAUUUACUUGACGAAAUCAAAUAAAAUUUCCUAAACGUAUGUCCUAAACAGCUAUUAUAGCAAAUACAGAGGAAAGUUAUACAAUUUACUUGUUAUUUUAUUAUUAUAAUGCUGUAUAAAUAUGUUUAAAUCAAUAAAUAAAUACUUAAAAUACUUUACAUCUUCUUAAAUACUGUUAUGACAUCUGUUUAGGAAAUUUUAUUUGCUCUCGCUAAGUAAACCGAAAAUUUCACUUAGCAUCACAACUUUAUGAUGCUGAACACUUACGAGAUACAUAAUAACUGGUUAUUUUUUUUUUUACACGUAGCUGCAGGCGAAGUGUUUUUGUUGCGUAAUAUAGAUUUUAGAAGAUUUCUGGCAUUUAUAAAUAAUUGUUUAGUUUUUCUCGUUUGAUCAACAUUAAUUGUAUAUUAAACGAAUAUUCACCGGCACCACUAAAUCCAAAAUCAACUGUCGGGUGCGGCGAAAUCACCAUCAUUCGCUUGGCCGGUGCGCACGUCCGCGUCCCUCACCCUACAUAGAUUAUGUCAGACAGAGUCGCGCGUAGGGGUUGCGUGAGGUGCUCACUGGUCGUGCACCGGGCGCUUUUAUGGCCGCGGGGGCGCCAAACAAACACCAGAGGCGUCUGUUUUCGGUGUCUGCUCUCGGCUGAAUGAAAAUUCCGUUAACAUUUUAACAGUACCGUUAUUGUUGAAUAUUUUCACACAAUGAACGCGUACGAGUGAACGGCGGUGAGACGAUCGUUUUUUUUUUUUUUCUCCGUUUCGCUUUUCGGUAAAUAUUGUUUUGUCACCCGGGCGUCGAUUUUGCUAGGCACGGCACUGAGGUCAGGUAUGACUGAAUAUUACUAUGCAUAGUUAUUUAUCGUAGUCACAUACAACAAUACGCGACGGUAUUUAAGGCUGUCCCCCGGCGACCACGGUGCUAUUAUAAUAUUUCAACAGCCGGCACCUGAUGCACGCGGGCCGAUUGAAUCGUAUUAAACGGAUUUAGUAUGAUUGUACUCGGCGGUAAUAGUGUGUUUAAUAAUGUUAUUAUUCCGGAACGUCCGAGACGGCGGCCGCGGCGGCUGUGCGGCUCGCAAUAAAUUGUGUACGGCCGAGAAUCGCGGGUCCCCACUACACAACAGCGUUAAUAAUAAUAAUAAUAAUAAUAAUAAUAAUAAUAGUAUCGGAUACGACGGGAAAGACGUUUCCAAAACAAAUUGCUCGGCUAGGUCACGCACGGCGCGCGUAUAAACGGAUCCUGUCAAUUUCUUCGGUCGUCCGCACAUUAUUAUUAUUAUUGUGCUCGCGUCACUGUUUGUCGCCGGACCGCCGCCGCCGCCGUAAGAAUCCCGUCAAGUCUCCGAAGUCCGAACGUCGUCGCGCCGGACAUGCUGGCUUGCUGAGAACCGUCCCGCCGCACUUUACCAGUGAGCGCACGUAUUUUUUUUUUUUUUUUUUAUUAUUGCUGCAACACAUUACAAUUUAAUAUUACGUAUUUUACCAUCGUGUAUGCAAUUACGAAUUUUCGCUAUUAUUCAACAGCAUGCAAGUUGAAUAUACAUUAUAUUCUGCUGCGGUGUAGUUCUAAGAAAAAAAAAAAAAAAAAAAAAAAAAACUAUCGGUACUACUAGGGUUUACUGCGAGAAAUACGCGAGCGGCUCAAAACGACAUUUUUUCCAAAGGGCACAAGCAAUUUGUUAUCGAUAUCGUUACUGGAUAAUCGCUUAGUUUGAGAUGUUCGAAACGACGUAAACUAAUUAAUCAAAAAUAUUAAAUUCGUACAAUUUAUUAACUUAAUCACUCACUUGAUAAUUAACUAUCUGUACAUUUUUCUUAAUGGAAUUAGAAGUUGUGAUUGCGUUAACUAUUCCGGACCUUUCGUCAUUGGCCAGAAUACGAUUGACUAUCCGACUAUUUACAUAUUGUUCAGGAUUUCAUUAACUUAAGGUUGGACCAUUUACAUGUAUAAACAUUAAAUUAAAGUUGAAAGGUACACGGCCGGGAAUUCAAAACAAAACCGGGUACACGUAUGACAUUUUAUGGGUGUAUGCAUGUUUUGAAAAAUGAGAAGUGGGUAUACGGUAUUCACCCUCCAUUGCUUAUACCCCCGUUGUAAUCCUUCCGUCCAUAGAUUUUAGUAUACAGUUACGGUUGUUGAUUUAGUUAAUAAACAGAUAGAUAUAAUUCGUGGAAUUAUUAUUAUUAUCCUAAUAACAUUAUAAAAUUGGUCUACAUGUUAUUCCCAAUCUAGAGCUAUUCCCAUAUGUGCAAAAUGUCUGUCCAAUCCGUUCAAUAGUUUUAGCGUGAAGGGAUAAAAAACAUCCAUCGAAACAAAUUUUCAUAUUUAUAAUAUUAAGUAGAAAGUCAAAAACGUUUUCUUAACGUAUAUUUUGUAAUAAAAUAUAGUAAGUACAUUUCCACAUGCAAAUAUUAUAAUUGGACUACCUGUAACAUAUCAUUGAUGGAUAUAGGUAACUAAAGUAAAAGUGCUCUGUAUAAUAACUGGACAACUUCAAUUUUCGGCCAGUUUCACAUUUUUAUUAUUAUAAUAAUUUAAAUACAGAGAAAAUUAUUUUUGUAUUUUCCACGUACCAAUGAGACAAGUCCUCAUUAUCCUAUUGAAAGUUGUAACGUGAUCAUAACAAAAUUCUGAUUUUAAAAAAUAAAAAUAAAUUUAAAUUGUUUCAGGUCAUAGGGUAAAGUAAUUUAGUUCAAUGAUAUUUCUUUAAACGUUUGGAACGGACAUAUUUAUAUUGCUAUUUGCCGGCAAACUGCGAAGUUACGUCGAAAUGUUACAUGUGGUAUUAUACUAUUGUCGUUUGUCGUACGGUCCGUUGAGUGCAUGAUAUACGUAUACAUCAACAGUUUGUAUAACCAACGCCUAAAGAAAUAUCACGAGAAUUACCUAUACGACGGAAAUAACUUACUUUAUCCUAUAAAAAUAGCUCACAUCUCGAAAAUAUAGUAAAAAUCAAAUAGUAAAACUGCAUCUUUAUUUUCGCAGUGAAUUAACUUUAAAUUUAGUUUUAGUACCUAUUUAACUAUUCGAUAUUUUAAAAAACCUUUUUUUUUUUUUUGUUCUCUAAACAUUUUAAAAAAUACAACUUUUUUUGUCAUAGCCCUGCUGAUUAUAGUCUCAGUGUACUGACUAUGUGACUCAGUGUACAGUAUAUUUAGUAUAGACUAUAGACUGCAGUAUAUAAUAUAAUCAGUGUUGUAGUGUUGUAUUUUACGGGAGAAUAUAUUAGAUAUCUCCCCCUAGCACCUUGACCAAUUUUUUAAUCUAUAUUAAAUGACUUCCUACACAGCAUAUUAUUUAAAUUCAAAAUUCUAUUUGGUCGUGAAAUCUAAAAAUGUUUAAUUAUCCGCAUAUAUCAAAGCGCUUUAUUAUUAUCGAAUGGCGUACGAUCAGUGUGCAUAGUGAAUAUACGUCUUAUCAUUUUCAUUACAUACAUUGCAAACAAAAAUGUAUUUUAAAUCAUUAAAUUCCGUUUCGGCUAAUUCUUUUUUCUUUGUAAUCUUUACACGUUUACAAAAUUAUGAUACAUUUUUAAAUUAAUUAUAGUAUUAUCAUUUAUCUCUCGUCUUCGUAAAACACUAAAUACGCCAAUAGUAAUAUAUUAACCGCGUUAUGAAACGAUAUAAAUUAUAUAAAUUACCGGCAUAUCUGUAUCGCCGUAUGACGCGGCCACGGAAAACUAUAUCGAAAAUGCACGCCGUCGUCGUCUUCGUCAGUUCGAAUUCUCGUCAAGUUCAAGGUGAACGAAAACGAAAAUUCGAAAAAACCGUCGUGAUAUACUGUCGACAGUUAAUGAUUCCGGUAUAUUAUUAUAAUUUAUAAGAAGGUACCUGUAGGUAUAGGUAUACGGUUCGGACGUGUUUUCACUUUGUGACGUAUACGAACAAUAUCCACACUCUCUAUUUCCCAUGUUAUUAUGUCGGUUUUCAGUUUUUCAGGUUUUCAGGUAACCAUGUCACGUGUCUGAUUAUUUUUACAUGAAAAUAUAUUUCAUAAAUAAAUAGACUCGUUAUUUUUUUUUUUUUCAUUUUUCGUCAGUUCGGGUUUUUAUAGGUACGUCUAUUCCAGUGUCGUAUUUAGGAUUUUGCCAAAGAAGGAUGUAUUGUAUUUGUACCAUAUUGUAUAACGUGUACCCACGCAGGCUAAAAAAAAAAAAAUGAAAAAAAAAAUAUUUAAUUCAUAUUGCAGUAUUGUGCGUAAUUUAUUAUUCAAUUUGUCCUAAAAUUAUCAUUGAAAUCGAAUAACAAUAAUAGGUAUAAUAGUUACGUCCGUAAAAUUAUUAUUAAUUAAUUUACUACUAUUUUGGUACUAUAAUAAUCUAACCUUCAUACUUCAUGAAUGGUUCGGAUAUAUUGUAAUAAUGUUUCGUUUUUAACGAGAAAAUGUUAACGUUUCCUCGAUAUUAUAUUAACAAUUAUAUCUAUAUUAAAGAUAUUAGGGCACACGUUGAAUUGUCGAUUCUUCCGGCUAAAGAGUAAACGAAUUUAAAUUUGAAAAAUAAAUAGUUCCGUAAAUACACGAGUACACAGUAUGUGUUAUAUAGAUGUAUAGGUAUAUUGAAAUAAAAGUUUAGGAGAGAUAUUAUGUCUCCCUAAUUCCCCUCGUCCCUCCUCCUCCCCUCCCCCCGUAAAUACGCCACUGCAGGUCACGUCGCAUCCGUUUCGGCGAGGGGUUUUCUCGAGGGCCACCGACAUAACCGCGGCGGUCGCGGUCGUUGUUGAGUUGUUAAACCGACACCGAUCUCAUGUUAUAAUAUUAUAAUAAUAAUAACAUCGCGGGACGAGAAAUCGUUGUGUCCGCUAGAUCUAAUUGAACGUUGCAGGUCGCGAUGGCCGAUGCACGUAGCGUAUACGUCGUUUUCAGCGACGUGCGCAGGGUGGGAGGGGAGUUUAGGGGUUAUAUCCUCCCUCCCCCCAUUGGCUUAAAAAUACAACAAAAUAUGAGUAGUCUUUUUUCUUUUCUUUUUUUUUUUCAGGAUCCGGCUUUUAAAAAUUACAAAUUCCCCGUAGUCGAGUUGUGUAGAGCGGACGGUUUCACUGUUUGUUCGCGAUUUCCCAUCUAUCACAUCCCCUCCCACCAUUGAAAAUUCCCGGGCACGCCGCCGCCGGCCGUUUCACAUGUCUAAAUACGUAAACAGCCGGUGCCCGUUAUCCGUACGCAAUUUCCGGAAAACCGAAAACCGCGGGUUGAUUACGUGUACCAGAUAAAAUAACAAUUGAUUUUGCGUACGAACCGUGCGUCCGUACGAACAAUCGCGUGUUCGGCGGAAAACGAAAAUAUCGGUCCGCGCGCGUAUGGAAACAUGCGCCCAAGGCCGUGCAAACAUUUUAAUAGCGCACGGAGGUGUCGCGCGCGCGUACCGGCACUGCGAUGAAAAUUUCAAUGAUGUGUGCGUACACCUAUUUAAACGAACCGCAAGGUCUGCAUCGCCGCCGCCGCCGCCGCCGGUGCGUUCUAUUAUAUUUUCGUGUUGUACGAGUCUUUUUAUUAUUUAUUUUUUUUAUUUUUUUUUUUUUUUCUAUCGCGUGUAUGCGUGCGUAUACGUGUAACAGCGUUAAUCCCUUUCAUCACAACGUGCACGGAAAAUUGAAGUACAUAAAGUCUAUAGCCCCGAUCUUUUAUGCGGUAUUCAUUUACUACACACGCACGCACACACGCGCGCGGGCGUACGUACAGUUUGCACUAUUGUUAUUGUGGUACAUCUAGUCGUCGUCGUCGUCGUUGUUGUUGUUUUUUUUUUUUUUUCAUUAUUAUUAUUCGUUUAUUAUGGAUUUUUUUUUUUUUUUAUCAAAAUAAUAUAUACAAUAUUGUAUGCGUGUAAUACGUACUCGUGCUAAACCUUGGAAAAAACUCGAAAUUCGGUGAAUUAAUUCGGCGAUCGAAAAUAAUGUAAUAAUGAUUUUAAGGUUUCUUAUUAUUAUUUUGUCGCGCGCGUAAAAUUCGCGACGAGUCACACACACAUUACGCGCGUACCGCAUAAUAUCACUAAUAACGAGACAAAGUCAAAUGUUUGAUGUAAAACAUUGCGUAGCACUGUCGCGCUCUAUAGUCGCACGCUGUAAACGUCCGGUUUCAACAAGUAUGUGUGUGUGUGUGCGUGUGUGUGUGCGCGCGCGAUGCGCCUGUAAAACAACCGAUAAAUAAGACAAAUUAUCAUAUCAUACACCAACAUUUGUUCAAUACAGUUAAUAAUCGUCGUUAACUAACGUGCCCGCGGUUUUCCUCGAUAAAUCCAUCAAGGACAACAUUGUGUUGAUACUUCUCGCGGGCCGCACGUAACACAUAUAAAUAUAGUUUUUAAACGGAUACUGAUAUUUUAGCAGUGUAUAACAAGGUUCAUAUCCAGUAAGUACCCUCAAUAAAAAAAACCUCUGUAAUCAUCAUUAUUAUUCGUUAAUAGAUGUCGAAUAUUAUCAUGCCGAUAUGAAUAUAUUUCAUAUCUACAUAUAAUACCGUAUAUUUUUUUUAAAUAUUUCACUUAUUUCCAAAUCGUUUAUUGUGAGUAAUCAUAAAUAAUCGUGUAUACAAACAAGACAUUGCAUAGCAUACAGAAAUAUAUGAAAUAGUGAAUAAGGACAUAAUAUAAUGAUAUGACGCUGACGCAUUCUUUUUAGAGCUCAGAUUUCAUUAUUUAAGUUUACAACUGUUUAGCAUAAUAUUUCAAUGUACAAUAUUUAGUUAUUCGAAACUUUUUAGCUGAUGGGUGAUACGUUUUACAGAAAAUAAUGUUUCAUUUUUUAAUGGUUGCGAUAAUAAUAGAUAAAUAAUGCUAUUUUAAAAUCAAAACAAUAAAAUAGGUAAGUAAAAUAGGUUACCUAUUAAACGAAUUAGGUAUGCGAUUUUGUCCGUACGUAAACCAUGUGUAUUUGUUUAUUUAAUUGGUCUACUUGUGUCGUUUAAAAAUGAUAUUUGACCGAGACGCAUAAGGCGGUAAACCAUUGGUACGCGAAAUAAAUUGUAAUAAAGUCCAACCAUGUAUGUUUCGAUCUGAAUGAUAGACGUGAUGCAGUAUUAAAUGUAAAGAAUUUACGUAAUAGAACACCAUAGGACUAAUAAAUAAUAGGUGUAGGAUAAGAAUAUAAUAAGUUUGGUUGCAUUGUUUUAUUAUAAUAUAUACGUAUAAUACGUUCUUACUUUCACAAUAUAAUACAAUAAAACACUCAGAGCUAUCAGCUGGGAGGCAACGUGAUCGUUAUUGAAAUUUGGUUUUUAUAAUAAUAAUUGUGCUUAAAAAAUAUAUAUGACAUUUUAUUUAGAAAUCAAAUACGUGAGUACUCUGGUACUCUAAUAACAUACAUGUCUUUUAGGAUGAAAUCGGUAUUUUCUUCUUUUUUGGUAACUUAUGAUGAAUCUUGUGUUAAAUUUUCAAGCAUCUCUGCUUGAUCAAAACAAUUGUAGAUCGACCCAAAACCAAAUAAAAACUAGACAAUUUCAAAUGUCUUUAAGCAUCUCAAAAACCAUCAGAAUGAUAACACGUCUAAAAAAAGACGGACAUACUUCACACGAUGGGCGAACCAAUGUUGUAGGUGAGAAGUUGGGAAUGUGGAAUAUAGAUGGGACUUUAAUGUCUAUCUGUAAGUGACGGUUAACCAUUGCUAACGAAAAAGGAUUCUGAGCGGGGCUUCGUUAUUCAUGUUUUAAAAGGUCGUAAUAUUUACAAUUUUCGUCGAAAUUUGGUAUUAAAACUUUUAUAAAAAAAAUACUACAUUAAACUCAAUUUUUUUUUCUACCACAAAAUACGGCUUAUAAUGAACUUUCUAUUGAAUUUCCAAGCAUUUGUGUUUAGUCUAACAAUUGUAUUCACAGAGUAAGUAACUACCGAAUAAAAAUGAUGUAAAAAAACUCGUAAAAUUAAAAUGUCUAUUAAUAGUUCAAAAAUGGUUAAAAUGUUACCACAUCUAUAAAACACAAAUAUAUGUGUUGUGUCUAAAUUUUCAAGUUUUUACGAAUAUUUUUUACUGAAUCUCAAAAAAAAAAAAACAAAAUUGAAAAUAAUAAAUUUAGUAAAUUUUCCCGUUUUUCCUACGGUUUUUCCCAAUUAUUAUAAAAACCACUUAAAAAUCAGAACAAGAUUUCUUAUAUAAAAGUUAUUUACAGAUAAAAGAAAAAAUAAACGUCAUCGUAAAACCAAUACAUUUCUCGCUCCGUUCAGAAUCUAAAAGUAUAAUAUUAAGUAUUCUGUGAUUAUUUCAGAUCUCUACGAUUACAAAAAAUUAAAAACCUAUUAUUGCCGUAAAUUGUCCUAAUUUUUCGAAGUGUUUCCGAAUUAUUAAGAAAACUGCAUGGAAAAUCAGUGAUCAAAAAGGACUCCUUAAUAAACCAAUUAAAUAAAAUUAGCUUUCAGAAAACACACUAUAUAUAUAUUCGUACUUGAAAAUUGGAUUAAGAAUUCUAGAAAAAAAUUAGCUGACUGACAAAAAAAAAAGCACAUGUCAUAGGAAAUAAACCAAUAAAAUUCUUACUACGUUCAUAAUCUAAAAUACUAUUAGCUUAUUAUUAUCACCUUUUACUGAACUAAAUUUAUUUUUGUUUAUAUACGUUUGCGUAAACGCAAAUGAUGAAUAGAAAUUUUGCUCCUUUCACUAUUACAUUAUAAAGAUUCGUAUACAAUAAAAAAUAUUUCUUAUACCUACUUAAUAAUUACUUUUAUUUGAUUGUAUUUUUUUUCUGAAAAUGAUGAUGUAAUCUCAAUACGAAAAGAAAAAUAUCGUGUUUGCCUACGUACAUCGUUUUAGAUAGGAAAAUUACCACAUGGGUACAUAAUAGUAAUACAAUAUUUUUUUUUAAUCUAAUAUACCUAUUUAAUAAAUUUAUAUGACAAUACAAUAUUAUUUUCUUAUUAAACAAGUAUAAAGUAAAUACUGAGAAGAAUAUGUCAUAACGUAUUUAACGUAAUGUAAACGUACAUAGGUACUAUAAUGGCAUUAAUACUGAAAAAAAUAUAAUAUAAACGUAAUUAUAUUCUUAGCUAAUCAUAUACCUACCUACCUACCUACCUAUAUUUUAGUGUAAUGGAUUGACACAAGUUUUAUAAUUGUUUUUAGGGCUGAGAACAAAACAUUUUUAUUAUAAACAACUUGCGUUUAAAAUAUGUUUCAUAAAAAAUAUAUUCUAAUUUAAAAAAUUGUUUGAUUAUAUUUUUAAAUUUAUAGCAGGUAAUUUUUGUAUAAAUAAAGGAUACAUUCCAUAUAAUUCAAUAUAUUUGUAACAAAUUUAAUUAUCAUAUCAAAAAAUAAGUAAUUGCUUUUCUUUUUAUUCAUUAAAGUUUUAUUUUCAUAUAAAACAAUUAAGGUAUGACUUCGCUGUAUACAACACAAAUUUAAAAUAUUUUGUUAUCUAAAUUAUAUGUUAGUAUCUUUAUAAAUAUAGGUAAGUCCUCGUGUCUUUUAUUACAUUUUUGAAUUAAAAAUAUGUAGUUUAUUAUACUUGUAGUAUACUACACACAUAUUAUACUUAUUUUCGUAUUUAUUAUAAAAUUAAAUAUCAUAAAACGUUCAAUAUCAAAUAAGUACUCAAUUUAUUUACAUUAUUUGUUAAGAGGACAGUGAUAAUUCUGAUGCUAAUAGAUUUUGAAUUUAAUACAUUUAUUAUUUAAAAAAAUCGGAAUUAUUAUCAGCAAAACACAUUCUCAAAAUAAAGUUUAAAAAUUACAUCAUUACUGCCAUAAUUUUUAUAGUAAAAAUUGAAAGUAAAAGUAAUUCUCGUCUUAUUCGUCUUCAAUAAUAUUUAUAAAAUCGAUUACUGGAUACUAUUGCUUCCUUAAGCCCCCCCCCCGGUGAUCCAACCCUGACUAUAAUAUAGUUAACAAAAUUAUAAUUUAAUAAUAUUUUACUUAUUGAAAAUACAAUUUAAUUUAAUUUAGAUCACUUCAAUUUUUUUAGUCUUAUAAUAAAUAUUAAAUUGAUGUUUCUUAAUACUAAUUAAAUGUUCUAAUUUUGUUAUUAUUUAUGCGACAUACAAUUGUAGAGUGCAUUCUAUUCCUACAGACUAUCUAAAUCUAUAAUCUGUAUAUUACAUAACUGUUAACUAAUCGGUAAAGGGUAAAGUUAUAUAACACCUACGCUGUAUAAUAGUUUAAGUUAACAGUAAUCUUAUGAGAAUAAUCGUAUCAUCCCAACAGACGAUGGCAGAUUGAACAUCGUUGUAAAACGUAUUUUAAUACGUACGAGUAUUGAUUAGGUGCCACAAUAUUGAUAUUCUAAUGAUAAUAGUAAGUACUAAACGCUCAUACCUUGUAAGUAAAUAUCUAACUGUAUACAAUCCGGGUAAAAACACUACGCAAUUUUCAACUGUCAAUACCUAUAUAUUAUAUGUUUUAUUUAUUUAUACGGCGAUAACUCCAUUUACACAUUGCAAAUUUACAAUAAAAUUAGCAGUUUAACAUAUAACAAUAAUUUAUCUGAAAAUGAUAUAAUAUACAAACAAUGGCUUGAACAUAAAUUUUAAAUAUAAUUAUUAACAUUAACCAAACUAUGUAAUAUAAUAUAAAUCUUAUGUAAUUCAAUAGUGUAUUUAUGAAUAAGUUCUUAAGCUAUAUAUUAAAAGUAGUUUUAACAUCUCCUGAUUUACAAAACAAUUAAUCUAAAUUAGUGGAACUUCCUAGAGUCAUUAAUGUAUUAACCGGCGGUAAUAAUAAAUAAUUAGUUUGAACAUGAUGGAUUAAAUAAAAAUAUUUCUUUAUUUCUCGUGUUUUUAUUAUAAAUCCUAAAAUUAAAUUUGUUAAGAUUUGAGGACAGUCUAUAUUAUUAUUUAGUAAUUUAAAUAUAAACAUGAAAUUUAAAUAGUUUCUGCGAAUUUUUUUAAGUAGAUAUAUUAAAGAAAUUUAAAGCGCCAUCGUAUGAAGAAUAAGGAAAUCUUUGUACACAGCAUUUGAAGAAGAUAAAUCUUAAAAAUGAAAUUUAAAUUGCUUCUAAUGUUUGAGAUUUAUUAUUAUUAUUAACUGGUGUCCAAAUAAGAAUAGUGUAUUCAAGUUAGGAUAGUACAAGUGAGAAAUAUAUAUAUAUAUUUUAUAGCAAUUUGAUUAUUAAAUUCUGAGCGAUUUCGUUUUAAAAAUCCUAAUUUUGAUAAUGCGGAGUUUCUUAAUUUAUCAAUGUGAAAAUUAAAGUUUAGUUUUCUGUCAAAGAAAAUACCUGAAUCAUUUAUAAUAGUUUUGCGUUCAAACGUAGAAUGAAACAAUGUAUAAUUAAAAUUCAUAUUUAUAUUUCUAUACGUAACAGAAAUGACAUUUAUCCAUAUUAAGUUCAAUUCUAUUAUUAAUGCACUAUUCUUGAAAACUAAAUAAAUCUGACUGUAAAUGUAACGCAUCAAAUUCAGAAGUAAUUGUUUUAAAUAUAUUUGUGUCAUCAGCCGAAUAAUACGUUAGAAUAUUUAAAUAUAGAAGUAAUAUCGUUUAUAAAGAGUAGAAACAAAAUUGGUUAUAAAUGGUCACCCCAUGGUACACCUAACUCAACGUUAAUUACAUGAGCUAGAUAUCUAUUUGCCGUAUUUUACUGUUUGUAUUCUAUUCUCAAGAAAAGAAGAUAGCCAUGAUAAGAGAGGAUUAUAAAUUUUUAAUAAGUAUAUUGUUAUCUACGCAGUAAAACGCUUUUUUAAAAGUCGGUUUGUGUAUAUGACGCGAGUUUGUGAAUUUAAAGCAAAUGAAUCGAAAAUAUUUUGUUUAAAAUUAGCUAAAUUAUAAUCUGCAUUGUACAAAUUGAAUUUGAUUUCUUCAUUUGAAGUAUAAUUAUUAUUGUUCAAUUUAAUUUUUAAACUUAUUUCUAAUGGAGGAUGGUAAACGACUACUUUAACAAUAGGGAAGGAAUUUAAUGAAACAGAAGUUUCUCGUUUCACAGAAUGAUGAUAGUUAUAUUACAUUGAAAAAACAAAUUCAAUAAUUGAAAUUUUAACUUUACCUUGUAAAACAUUUUACAGUGCUUUAAUGUUUUGUUUAUACAGAAGAAUUUAAAAAAAACUUUUGUAGACAUUGUAUAUUAUAAAUUAAAUAAUAAACUCACAAAGUUACAACAAUUAAAAGAAAUUAUUACGUAGGUGUUAUUAUUAUUGUUAUUAUUGAACACCUACAACCUACCUAACAGCAUUGACCUAACAGUUUAAAGUGUAAAUUUUAAUUGUGGUAUAUUAUUAAUGGUUUUACAAAUUGUCAUGAUAAGUAAUCUGUUAAGAUAUAUAAUUUAAUCGGUUUUGAAACUUCAGUACCCGGGUGAAAUAUUAUUAAUACUCAACGUCCUCGUAUUAAAAUAAUAUUAAAAACGAUUUGUUAGUCAUUGUGCUUAAUUUUUGGGCAGUGUAAUAAAAUGCAUAACGUACACAAUGUACAAUGCAUGUAUGAUAUAAACUAUUCACUUAUACUGUAUAAACAAUAAUUAAGAUUAAUUAUUUAUAAACUUUAAUAAAAUAUGAUUAUUAUUAUAUCCUAUAAUACUUAAACAUAAAAAAUGAGUAAAAUAUUACUUGCACAUUUAAAAUAUUCAAUCAAAAUCAAAAUUGAAAACCGGAUACUUAAAUUUAUAUCUACAAGACGGUAUAACUACGAAUAUUAUCUGGUACCAACCAAAAGGAUUUAAAAAUAAAGUGCACCCCACCUCAAAUAUUAUCAUAUGCAUAUGCCUGCUUAGUACUCAGUAAAAUAAAGUAAACAGUGUCUGAUUACCUAUGUAUUAUCUAAUAGGUAUAAAAUAAUUUAUUUUAUGUAAAACUAAUUGGAAUUUUUAAAAUUGCGUUAAAAAUGUCACAGUGACAAUAGGUAAAGCGUCCUCUCGCACUUCAAAUACCUAAACUAAAGGGAACUGAUAAUUUUACCUUAAAUAAAAAGGGAUACUUCGUUCCCCUCCACUCCCAUAUUAACCACUAAUGUAUUAACAUUAAUUAACGAAAUCUUUUAGAUUUUAUAUUCUAAGCGCAGUGAUGAAUUAAUUGGUUUUAGUGUUUUACAAUGAUACGUGCUUUUUGUUUGUAUUAGUUAACAAUUAUUAUACCCAAAAACUUACAUCGAUCAUCAACUAAACAAAUGAUAUCUGAUAGCAAAUUGUAUGUAAUUGGUGCACUGAGGAAGUCAUUUUUAGUUAAUUUCCUAAUAAUCAGGAAAAACUGAGAAAAAACGCCGGGGACGGAAAUAUUUAUACAAUAAAGGUUUCUAUUAUUUGAUUAACUGAACUUUCCUCUUAAUUGGUUUUCGUUUGUAAUCUUUGAUCAUAGUGUACAUAUGAGACCCAUAAAUCACACUAGGUAUUUAUCCUACCUUCCAAACUUCCCUUCUACAACAGUUGCCUAUCAAUAGUGUGAAGUAUGUCAGAUUGUUGGUUUUUGUCUAGCUUUGAAAAUGUGUAACGAUAUUGAUCAUUCAAUUUUUAUCUUUUACAGUGACAGAAGAUACAAAAAAAGAAAAUACGGAUGUUAGCUGCGAAAGUAAAGAACAUAACACUAAUAAAAUGUCGGCCGUCACCAAAAUUGGUGACCCAGUACAAAACGCUUUGGGAGAUUUCGGAUGGUGGCAGUUUUGGAUAACUUUCGCCCUGUCUCUGUUGAAGUUCCCGAUCGCCUGGCACCAAUUAGCCAUUAUAUUUUUGGGGGCUAAGUCGUCUUUCCAGUGUGACGUCGACAACAAAACCGCUCUUUUAAACAAUACUGACAGAUGCAGUUUCCGUGAUCCACUAACACACAAUAUUGAACCAUGUCAAAAGUUCAUCUACGACAGAUCUAUAUUUCAUGAGACUAUAAUCACAGAGGUUAGCACACACGCACACAAAUAAAUACAUAGCGACAAGCUGUUGUUUAUGUGUUUCCUUUAAGUGUAUACCAUACAUACUCGGCUAUUUGAAGGAAAAAACCGUUGCAAUAAUCUUCUUAUUACAACGGUUUUUCACAGUUUUUAUAUUAUUAUCAUCUUUUUAGAUUUGGAACGGAGCAAGGGACGUAUUAGUUUUAUAAUGAUGUAGAUAUUUUUUUUUUUUUCUAUGAAAAACUUUUCUACAAGAAAUUUUCCUCCAAUUUUCAAAUAUAGCACUUUUUUUGAAAGGAAAUCUAGCUGGGGCAGUAUUUUAGGAAGGUAAUAUUUUAAUAUUCCCAACUUUUUUCAUAAUAAAUGGAAAAAUCUGGAAAAACAUCGGAAAACUGGAAAAUAGGUACAAUAUUAAACAAAUAUUAUUAAAGAAAAUAUAUAAUUCAUAUUUAAUUAUUUUACUAUAUUAUAACAUAAUAUAUUGUUGAAAAAGCAACACUAUUAACCGAAAUCCGUUCAGAAUCGUUUUUAGUUUGCAAUUGUUAAUUAUUGCGUACAGAUAUACAUUCAAUUUCCUUUCUACCUUCCCAAUUCUCACCCACAACAGUGACCCAUCCACGUGCGAAGUAUGUCCGUAUUCUUUUUGUUCAUUUUUUUUUUUGGUUUUAUUAUGCAUUUCAGUGGGACUUGGUAUGUGGCAGGUUUCAACUGGCCAACAUUUCACAGUCGGUGUUUAUGUUUGGAGUGCUAAUUGGAAACGUGUUGUUCGGUAUGUUUUCUGACAAGUACGUACAUUAUGUAAUUUCCAUAAUUUACUGGUUCGUGACUACAGCAACUAACGAAACUAUGACGUUCAAUUUUAUGCAACUUUGGAUACAAUUUAUAAAUCCGUGGGACUGCUUCUAUUUUAAAUCUCGACCAGAAAAUGUAACGAUAUAUAUAUAUAUAUAUAUAUAUAGAUAAUAGUUAACUUAAACGGUUAAAUAAACGGUUGAUGGCAGGUAGGAAUACGAUGUAUACGAUACAUUUUGUAUAAAGGUAUAGCGGAGCAGUAAUUAUAUAUUUCACAAAUAUUUACACAAAACAACUUAUAUAAUUAUUGAAAUCAACUUUAUAGAUUAUUGAAAGUAAAUUAUAUUUUGAACAAAUCGUUUUUCAAAUAGAAAAGUAUGAACAGAUUAUUAAAAAAAUAAUAAAAUAAAAUAAAAUACUGGCCAUAUUAAAAAUGAAGCAGUCCCACGGAUUUAUAAAUCGUAUCCAAAGUUGCAUAAUAAAAUUGAACGUCAUAGUUUCGUUGCCUUAAAUGAGUAUUUUAGAGUUGCUGCAUUAGUAUGCUUGUGAACAACACCAUCUUAAUGUACUUUAAAAUUUGUUCAAUAAUGAUAUAAUUAAUAUUUUUAAUAUUUGUUUAUAGAUUUGGUAGGAAAAUACCAAUGAUGUUCGCUAUUGUGUUAUUACUUGUUGCCGGAGUGGGUACGUCAUUAGCUCCAUGGUAUGCAUUGUUCCUACCACUUAGAUUCUUGACCGCAUUGGCCAUUGGAGGUCUAAUGAUUAGUAGCUUCGUUUUGAGUAAGUAUUUUAGCUGCAAUUUUUGUAAUUUAUUGAAUCAUUUCCUGUUGUAAAAACUAGUGUACCUACUUAAAACUCCACUGUUUACCUACCAAAAUUCAAUUUUAUAAAAUUAAUAUCUAUUACAUGAACGCAAAUUACGAAAUAUAUCUAUAAUAAUUGUAAUAAUGAUUUUUAAAUAUAGGUAUUAAACAAUAUUAUUCAUAGAUAAUACGAGUAAUAUAAACAUAAAUAUAGUGCACAUUCGAUUUUAAUUUCAUUUAAAUUAAAUGCAAAACAACCUUGAAUAUGCAGAAAAACAUUUUGUUUGAGUAAUUGACCAUAAAUACAGAAAAAUAAUGGCAAAUAAUUUAGUGGUAAACCACUAUUCGUACCACAUCCGAGCAGAACCUAUCUAUAUACAAUAAUAAUUUAUACUUAAAUUCCGUAAAAGUAAAACUAUAAUUAUCUAAAAUAUCUAUAUACAGUGGGUUAAACCUAGGAAUUAUUUUAACUUUUUUAGUAAUUUUAUGGCGAGGUAAAAAUAAAUAAAUGCAUUCAACUCUGAAAUAUAUUUUAUGUAUAUUUUUUAUAAUUUUUUGAUUAAUCAUUUGAAGGUUUUAAAAAAUAAUAAUGAAUCGUUAAUUUUGAAUAACUGAUUUAAGCGUUAUAAUCAUCAUUAUAAUAAAUUGAUGUUUUAAAAAUCUCACUGUUUGUAUAGGCACGUCAUGUCAUAUACUUUAAUAAUGUGUAUAAUUAAUAUAAAUUAUAAGUAUGUUUAAUAUAACAUUAUACAUAACUUUCAUAUAAAACAGUAAGAGUAACAUUAUCCAUAUCCUAUACUUAGGCUAUCAAGAGCGGUGAGCCAUCCAUCACCUAUACUUCUAUAGGCCUUAAUAGUCUGUGGUCUUAAUAUGCGAUUAUAAAUAUUUAUGACUGAUAUACAGUGGUAUAGGUAUUAUAAAAUAAACAUUAUUGUUAUUUAAAAAUUAUGUUUUAUCUGUUUAAACUUAAAACUUUAAAGUGAUAAAGAUCAUUCGCAAUCGAGUGUGUAAUUUGCAUUAUAUCCAUGCCUAAAGAAUAAUACUUAAUAGUUCCGAAAAAUACAAAAAUAGUAAAUACCCAAUUAAGAUAAUUAAUCGUAUACACUGAUUUUCUUAAACAAAAAAUUUGAAUUCUCGCCGUUUUAGAUUCUGAACGCAGCGCAGCGUUUCAGUAUGAUUUGUGCUAUUUUGUUUAUACUUUUAUUUGUAUCUGUAAAAAACUUUUCUACAACACAUCUUUUUCCAAUUUCCAAAUUAUAAAAGAGCUUUUUUGUAGAAUUUCGAAUCUAGUAAGUAAAUUAAGGAGGUAAUUUUUUGACUUUCAAAGAAGUUUUAAUGUUAAUUGAGAAAGCCCGGAAAAAAUCGAAUAGGAAUACUGGACAAAUUUAUGGCUGUACAAAUUCUACUAUUUUUGAUUCUGUUUUCGUGGGCAUCUAGAUCCGAAAUUCAACAAAAUUUUUCUUCAAUUUGAAAUGUUUAGAGACAAAAGAAGUAUAGGUCCAUUGUAAAACGUUUGCGAAAUUUUAUCAUGUAGAUGUUAAUGAAAAGUGAUUAAUAUUAGAAUUUAUAAAUUUAAAAUAGUACCCAUCAUAACUUGACAUUUUUGAAUUCAGUAUUUCUAGUAUCUAUAAAUAUUAAAAAAAAAACAAUUAGAUUAGACGAAACAUUUCCAAACAUAAUAUAAUAUUUCCAAAUAAUGUCUUUCAGAAUUGUUUUAUCAAUUAUAAGUAGUAGGAUGUAGUAGGGAUCGAUAAUUAAUAUGUGUUAAAUUCCAAUUUAUUAUAUACAGACCUAGUUUGAAAAUAACCGAAUUACAGCUAAUUUUUGAAUUACAGCCAUGGAAGUGGUUGGUGGGAAAUGGCGAACUGUGGUAAGCACAUUGCAUCAUAUCCCUUUCAAUUUAGGACAUAUGAGUCUGGCUCUCAUUUCGUAUAUGAUAAGAGAUUGGAGACAGUUCCAACUGGCCAUUACGCUGCCCGCCUUAUUUUUCUUCACUUACUGGUGGUGAGUAUCAUAAUUUUGAAUAUAAAUUUAAAUUGCAUUGGCUGUCUUUGUGUAUAAAAACGGUAUACGGUUAUCGCGCGACAUGCGGUGCAGUAGUAUCGCGAGCACGACAAAUAAGUACUAAAGUAAAAGACGACCGCGGAAUAAUAAUAAUGUGAAAAAAUCCGCAGGGUAAUUCCGGAAAGCCCGCGAUGGCUGUUGGCGGUAGGAAAAGAAAAACAAGCGCGGAAAAUAUUGAUCACCGGAGCGAAACAAAACAACCGGAAGUUGGACGGCGAUUUCGAGAAGGCGCUGAACAACCAACCGCGAAAUACUGUCGGAGAAAACAAGGGCAACCUAUUCGACUUGUUCCGGACCGCCAACCUGAGGAAAAAGACCCUGGCAGUGUUCUUCAACUGGUUUGUAUGCGGUCUGUGUUUCUACGGUCUUGCGCAGUACAUGGGCGAGAUCGGCGGCAACAUAUUCGUCAACGUCGCGUCUUCCGGAUUCAUCGAAUUACCGGGGGCAUUUCUGUGCAUAUAUCUGAUGGAAAAGUUCGGCAGAAGAAACACGUUACUGUCGGCCAAUCUGGUCACCGCCGUGGCGUGUAUACUGAUCACGUUUUUACCGCAAAGUGAGUUUUGUACAACAUUUCUAUACACGGGUUGAUAAUUGUUAUACGGAUCGGACUAUACGUAUACAUAUAUGUAUAUAUAUCCCUGCAAAGUGAUCCAUCCGAUUUCCAAAUGCUAUAUUUUCCGGGAAGAAAAAAUUAACGCGACGCUAAGAUCAGUUUUAAAAUAAGUAUUGGGUAUAGGAUAGACUACAAUUUUGACUGUGUACGUAUGAUCAUUUAAAAUGAAAUAUACAUUAGGCGUAUUACGCGCGCAUAAAUAUUACAGUAUUAUUAUUUAUUCAUUUGUAAUACGCCUUUAAAAAUAUUCAAUUCAAUUAAUGUCAAAAAAAUAUAACAGAAAAAGUUAGCGGGGGCUAUUGAAAUUGUCGGUGGGAGGAGGUAAGCCCUCCUCUGUUUUGAUUUAUGAACACGGGUCUAUGAAGAUUACAAUACACUCGUUGCGCACUUUGUGUAACGUAUAGGUAAACGAAUCCUGUGAUGUCCAUUGUUGUCGUCACGAUAUGGUAAUUAUUAAUAUGACGUUUAUAACGUUUACAGACUCGGAGGUGGAACACUUCAAGUUUAUUUUGGCGUCACUGGGCAUAGUCGGAUCGUCCAUAGCUUUCCCGACCAUAUAUCUGUUCAGUGGAGAGCUAUUUCCGACGGUAGUGCGUAACGUCGGCGUCGGGUCCGCAUCCAUGUGUGCAAGGAUCGGUUCCAUUAUAGCGCCGUUCGUAUCAUCACUAGUACGCAAAAUCGAUUACUAAAAAUCGUGUGCUGCAUGACUGCGAACACAUAUAUACAUAAAAUAUUAACACUAACCGUGUCCGUAGACAAAAUAGGGGUGGUAUAUUUGUAAACGACAGUUAUAAAUUAGCCAGCAUGUUAUAUUAUAAUUUUUUAAACGUUUCUUAUGUCAUGGCCUAAUAACUUUUUGGACGCAAAAUGGGAAGUCCAUUAAUAGUUCUACUAUUUCAAAUUCCACAGCGUUGCAAUUCAUCCCCGCACACAGCUAUAACAGUACUUCGGCUUAUUUUCAACGGAUUUAGUAUUGAUUCUGAUCAUUUUUUUUUUUUACUUGUGACAGUACCAGGAAUGUCAACCCAACUUAAAACCUGCUAUUACAAAAUGAGAACUAUACAGAGUGUCCAACGUAGAUCAAGCAAAUACAUUAACAUUUUGUUUUGCUCAAUAUUUUGAAGCCUUUAUUUUUAAAAAAUAAUUAUUAGAACCUAUUGUACUAUGAUUCUUAUACAUAAAUAUAUAUAUAUAUAUUUUUUUAACUUCAGUAUUACAUUACAAGUAUUUUAUUCAACAUCUUAGAGCUGUGUCUAUUAUAUGUUUAUCUUUUUUUUUUGAGUCCGGUUUUUUUUACUGCCGUUUGCAGGGAGUAUUGAACGUGUACUUGCCACCGAUGGUGUUCGGCACAGUUCCAUUGGUUGGCGCCGUCCUGUGUCUUUUAUUGCCGGAAACGAAAGGAGUUCAAUUACCGGAGACUAUCGAGGACGGUGAACUUUUUGGACUCAAAACGUACGUAUAACGCGCGUUAGUACUGUACGGAUUAUCGUGCGGGGUAUAUACAUAUCACUGUUGAUAAAAAAAAUGUUCGAGCGUGUUGAAAUGUACCUCCCUAUAUUUCUAUAAUCUAUAUUAUAGUGUAUACGUAAAAAUGGAUGUUAAAUGAUCUGCGUUGUCAAGGGCAGGUUUUUAGUUAUUGGAAUCCUCGGAGUGUUCGAGCUGUCCUUACAACACGCAGGUUCCGAAUAAGUCUGAUAGCGUAAGACUGACGAACUUAUAAAAUUAAUCAAAUCCCUAGAACUUAGUAUUACACUGCAAAAAUCUAAUAUUUCCAAACAACUUGACGAAACCUAUCACAAUCCUAGAAUAACGUCAUUUCGGAAAACAAUGUUUCAAACAAAGAAAAAGUCACUGUUCUUGAAAAAAAUGUAUAAUGUGUUAUGAACAAACGGAUACAUACAACGAAGUAUUUGUAAAAGGUUGUCGUAAAUGUAAUAUAUUAUAUAAUCCUUUUCGAUGCCUAGGAAUCCACCAUUAACAAUGCCUCUGAUGAUAUAAACCUGACUUUUUGGUUAGAAAUUAUGAAACGUGUGUACCUGGAUUUUUGAAAAUGUCACUAGGGGUGCGUUAGAAAAUAACGGACGAUUUCGUACCAACAUAUUACAGUGAUACAGUGGCAAUUCAAAGGGGAAGGGCGUAAAGAAAGUGAUUUGAGGACCAAAAUAGGAUAUUCCCGGAAAGGUCAACAGGAAGCUUCUUAACGGGCGCCCAUUAAUUGAACGCAUUAAGUUAAUUCCGGAAAGGUCGAAAAGCUUCUAGUAAACAUAUAAAUACAUAAGUGAUACAUAUAUGAUUUAAAAACAUUUUUUUUUUUUUUUUUUUUUUUAUGUGUACAAAAAAAAUUGAUAAACGAUUUUUGAAUUUCAGAAAACCGACGAUAACAACGAAAACUGCGGAAAACGGUGCGCAAAAUGUAGGAUUCGUGGCCGAUGAACAGCUGUAG